CUGAAACUCAGAGUUAAACUACUUAAGACUAACAACCGUUCAGUGGAUUGUAGCUUGAGGAUAUUAUCUUUUUUAGUAUUUUUUCUUAAACGUUUCAUAGGCUAAUUAUGGCAUUUCUGAUGUACCUGACUGUCCUGACAACAGCCGUCAUCACACAGGUGACUGCUAGCUGCCCAGCUGUGUGUGAGUGCCCUGCCAUGCCCCUGGUUUGCCCUCCAGGAGUCAGCACCGUGCCAGAUGGAUGUGGGUGCUGCAAGGUGUGCGCUGCACAGCUUAACCAGGACUGCAGCCCCAUGAGGCCUUGCGACCACCACAAAGGGCUAGAGUGUAAUUACGGCAACGAUGUGACCAUGGCCUGGGGCAUCUGUCGAGCAAAAUCGGAGGGACGCACAUGCGAGUACAAUGGCAAGAUCUACCAGAACGGCGAGAGCUUCCGUGCCGGCUGUAAACACCAGUGUACCUGCAUUGACGGAGCCGUUGGCUGCGCUCCUCUCUGCACCAACAAACUUCCACCGGCCUCUCCAUCCUGCCCCUACCCGCGGCUGGUCAGGAUACCCGGGCAGUGCUGCUUCAGUGUGGACUGCCAUAAGGGCACCUGGCAGCUCCCGCCUAAGCAUCAGGUGCCUCCACCACAACAACACCUGCCCAGACGUCAGCACCCUCCUGCCCCGCACCAGCCUGAAAACGAGCUGAACAACGAGCUCACAGACGUCAAGUCCAGCGGCUGGGAGAGUGAACAGGGCUACAAACACCUGCCUGUGUGGAACAAUCUGAGGGAGAAGUGUCCAGUCCAGACCACUGACUGGUCCCAGUGCUCCCGCAGCUGUGGGAUGGGCGUUUCUUCUCGCAUCACCAACAAGAACCCUGAGUGCAAACUGGAGAGAGAGACGAGGAUCUGCACCGUCCGGCCUUGCCAUGGCCUAACAGUCCCAGCCAAGAAAGGGAAGAGGUGCUCCCCGACCCAGAAAGCCCCAGAGCCCCUCCGCCUGUCCUAUGGAGAAUGUGUGAGUGUCCGCCUCUACCGGCCCAAUUACUGUGGCGUGUGUGCAGACGGACGGUGCUGCUCACCACGCCGCACACGCACUGUACCGGUGACCUUCGUCUGCCCGGAUGGGGAGCGUUUCCAGAGGUCAGCCAUGUUCAUCCAGUCGUGUAAAUGCAGCGAAGACUGCGGCCACCUCAACGAGGUGGCCCUCCCUCCGCAGCAGUGGAUGUACGGAGACACACACCAGUUCAUAGACUAGUCCUGAGGAGGAGUUUUAUUUCAUUUUAAUGUGACGAGGUCGACUUUCACGAUGAAAGAAGAUGCUUCAAGACUACGGGCCAUUUUUCUCAUCUGGCUCCAAAUGAGUGAAGACCACAGGCACCCACCUGACUGCCACACAGCAGGCAGGACGGGCCGCCUCGAUUUUAUUCUCCAUCCAAUUAAGGAAACCCUUAAUUGUAGUAUUAUUGUGAGACCGGAGUGGAUUAUUCUGUACACUUGCCCGCUCCUGUUCAAGCAGGGGACCUAAAUUAGAGCCCUGAAGGGCCCCUGGACUUCCUCCAGUCUGGACUCAUUACUGGUUCAGGUGUGGAGGAUGUUUUUAGUUUUUUGAGACCUUCAGAUCAGCCUGAGAGGAGAACACUACAAAAGCAACAAAGCACUUUGUUCAGCACUGAAACUUUUGAACUGUAACUAUGACAGCAGUGCACAAGGAUCACCUCACCUGCAACAACAGCCUCACAUACUGUGACGGUGGAUGACUCCAUAUCCCACGAUGCACUGUGACUACUCAGCGACAAGCAAAAGAAUCUUUUGCAGCUUUAUGAACAAAGGAAAUGUUGAUAUCUAUUACAUAUAAAAUCAGCACAUCGUGUUAUGAACAGAAGCACAGCCUGCAUCGAUUGUGGGUUUUUUUGGCAUGCUGACACAAGCCAUUUAUAUUUUACGAUCAGCAAUGAAUGACACUGUCUCUGUAACUCAGACUAUUAAAAUGAUAAAGAACGCUAUCUUGAACUGACACGAGCGUUCAGCGAGGACUGGACCAAUGCCAAUUGAUUUCUUGUUUGUGCAUUAAAUGCAGCUUAGAGAAAUGUCUUACACAAACCUGUAUUUGAGAAUUUAUUUUGGAUCUCACUAUAUUCUGUAAAUAUAUUUUCUUUAUUUGGAUCCAAGUUUGUAUUAUUGUCACAUUUAUUCACUUCCAUGGAUUAAGGCACCACAGUGUAGCGGUCACACGUUUGUGUUGGUCCAUCCAUGUGAUCAAACUGGCUGCGGAGCUCAGGUUUCAUGGGGUUUUAUUUUAACUCAACUUUUCAAGUUUCAAACUUGGCAGCCGGUACAAAGUAGCUGUAACUGUUAUGGAAAAACAGUGUGUCUUCAAACUAUGAUGAUACUGCCCUCUGCUUGUGAGGAUAAUUAACUACAUCAAAGUUUGUAUUUUACGAUACUGCUGUAGUGUUGUUU